AUGCGAGAGCUGACACGACGAGAAAGUGGCAGCUGGACUGGGAUAGCACGUUUCGUUAUGGUUGGACAGAAAACACGGAGAGUCAACUUCCAUCUGACACAGAUCCUGUCAGGCCAUGAUUGCUUCAGGAAGUAUCUGCACCGAUUCGGCCACGCAGAGUCCCCACUUUGUCCGCCCUGUCCGAACGAGGAGGAGACACCGGAGCACGUGGUAUUCAACUGUCCACGGUUCAUGGCGGAACGUAGCGAGAUGCAAGCGAGCAGUGUUGGGAAUCUAAACGCAAACAACAUCAUUACGGAGAUGUGCCAGAACGAAGUUACGUGGAACGUGGUGAAUAGGACAGUCGUUGCAGAUCAUGUCAUCGCUGCAGCAAAAAUGGCGGGAAGUUCAGAGGAUGGCUAA